UCUGGUUUGCGGAGCGGUCGGGUGUAUUCUCCGCUCGUCCCCACGCCCUCGAGGCCCCCGCCGCCCGACCCAACGGCGGAGCCAGCCAGUGGCUCCCGCGGCGCCCUCCCGCACCGGAUCGCUCCUCGCUGGGGCGGGACCUGGCCCGACGGCUCCGGUCACUAUGAGUGAAACAUCUUUCAACCUAAUAUCAGAAAAAUGUGACAUUCUAUCAAUUCUUCGGGAUCAUCCUGAAAACAGGAUCUACCAGAGGAAAAUCCAGGAGCUCAGCAAAAGGUUCACCGCCAUCCGCAAGACCAAGGGGGACGGGAACUGCUUCUACCGGGCCUUGGGCUACUCUUACCUGGAGUCUCUGCUGGGCAAGAGCAGGGAGAUCCUCAAGUUCAAAGAGCGCGUACUGCAGACCCCCAACGACCUCCUGGCGGCUGGCUUCGAGGAGCACAAGUUCCAAAACUUCUUCAACGCAUUUUACAGCGUGGUAGAGCUGGUGGAGAAGGACGGCUCCGUGUCCAGCCUGCUGAAGGUGUUCAACGACCAGAGCUUCUCGGACCGAAUCGUGCAGUUCCUGCGCCUGCUGACCUCUGCCUUCAUCAGGAACCGCGCAGACUUCUUCCGACACUUCAUCGACGAGGAGAUGGACAUCAAAGACUUCUGCACUCAUGAAGUGGAGCCCAUGGCCAUGGAGUGUGACCACAUCCAGAUCACGGCCCUGUCCCAGGCCCUGAACAUCGCCCUGCAGGUGGAGUACGUGGACGAGAUGGACACGGCCCUGAACCACCACGUCUUCCCCGAGGCUGCCACCCCCUCCGUGUACCUGCUCUAUAAAACAUCCCACUACAACAUCCUCUAUGCAGCCGAUAAACAUUGAUUAAUUUUAGGCCAUGCAGUGGAGCCUGUCACCUAACGGGACUGCAUUCUGAAUGGAACAUUAUGGCUCUUCAAUUUUUUAAGCGAUUUAGACUAUAGUUAGAGAACGUUGCUGCCUUUGGGGCAGAGGCACUGGGAAUAAGGCCUACUCACUAUGGACUGUUGGUAACUUGGUGAUAAUAUUUUUAAUAUUUAUUUUCAUAGAGGAUCCAAUGUUUUAUAACUCUGGGCAAGGACGCCAGAGCCCCUGGCUCUACCCCCAGUUCCGAGACAUUGCAUAGGUCACUACCCCUCUCUGGGUCCAAUUCUUCAUCUGGAGGAGGUUCCUGCCAGUGAUGACAUUCCAUUGUUGGGUAAAAAAAUACCCUUUGGUUUAUUUUUACUGGGGGCAGUGCCUCUCUGCAGGGGAGGAAAAGCUCAAGAUCUUACGAGUUCUAUAAAAAAAUCAAGUCCAGUCAGCUGCUGGACUGGACUUGGAAAGGUGAACUGAGGCCAACUUGAAGAUCUCCAGUGUACUUCCAAACACUCACGAUGGAACGUUUUCUCACCCCAAACUUGAGGAACAAGACUUUAAUGCCAAAGUCUAGAAAGGGGCCUGUAGCCGUCAGCAUGAAGCCCAGUUGUCGGGCCCCUUACCUCCCUCAGGGCCAGGACUGCCUGCUUUCUGGGGGGCAGUGCUGCGGGGUUCUGCUGCCAGCCCCACCCGGACAGACACUGAGAAAGAUGAGGGUCUGGGACGACCAAGAAGCUGUCUCGUCAUCCCUAACACACCCUGGAAGUAGGAUCUAGCGAUGCAGCCAGGUGGAGAUACUGACCAGCACGUGCAACCAGACUGCAGCUGAGCAGAGCAGACGAGUGUUUUGAGGCUGUCUUUGGCUUCUUUCUCCCUUCCCUCUUAUGGGCUGGUAGAGGUUAGAUGGGAAAGACUGGGUAUGAGCAGGUGGUAGUGGGGGAGACCACCACUGUGGAAGCUGCCGGGUAGCCAUGAGCCCUGGCUCCUGCCAGCCUCCUCAUUCAUCAGUCUGGAUGUGGCCCUUAAUAACCUGCUCACCUUGCUGCCUCAGGAUCUCAAGGAGCCCUGGCUGGGCUGCAGCACUGCCAGCAAGCUGUCCUCCCCUCUGGAAGAAAGGGAGAAUGCAGGGGUGUGGAACUGCCUUUCUUAAUCGAAGGCCUUCAUAGUUUCCAAUCUGCAGGGAUUUAUUCGAAUCUACUGGUGCUUCCGUGUCAGACUGCAGUGUCUGCUGACAGCCAGACUGCUCCCAGUCCCUUCGACAAAGGGCACACUUGUGUCCAUUUUCUGCCUUUGUGAAGACUGAUGUCAGGGUGCUUUUAAUCCUGGGCAGGGGGCCAGGUUCCAAUACUGCCCUGGGCUGGAAUGUGGACCCACGGGCUCAAGCUAAGUGACUGUCCCUUCUUCACAGGCAUGUAAACCUGACCCUGAUCUCUGAAUUGGUUCAGGGGUCCCCCUCCCUGCCCCUCCCACCUUGGCCUGGGGAGGAGCACGCUGUGCCAAGUACAGUCAGAGUGGGGUAACGCGUUACAUGGUUUGUGAAUAUCAUGAUGCCUGUUUCCAAACUGAAGGACACCGAGCUGAAUCUCGGCUGCUCUGAGCCGUUGUGAGAGGCGUCCUGGGCCUCGGGCUGGGCUGUCAGGCACAGUACAAUCAGCAGUGGCUGCUCCCUAACUGCAUUUGUAGUUUGUGCAGCAUUCACAAAAGCAAAGCUUUCUCUUCGGCAGAAGGCUGGAGAAAUUCCCUCCGGGGUCUGUCUGUGCUGCCUUUCCAGGCCUAACAGCCCUGCCGGUGCUCAUGCCGGGGGCACCCUCUUCCCAGGAGAGGUGCUGUCAGUUUAGAAUCAGAACACCCGAGAGAGGCAGGCUGUUUUCAUGACCUUGCCCUCUGCUCUCCCAUUUUUCACAAAACCACUGGCCAAACCCAAAGCACCACUCCCUUCCCUUCACAUCCACCCUCAGAUCUUGCUUCUGAAGGGAAAGCACUGUGGAGGAAAGGAGUGGCAGAAUUCAGAGGAACUCUAAGUAACACAGAGUUAAUAAAUCCAGUCAUCCACAGACAUUACCCUGCUCAUCUAUAGCAGCCAGUCACGUCAGCAAUCCCACUUCCUGGGUGAUGCACCCACCCCGCGAUGCCUUCUCUUUGCAGACCAAAAGCUGGAAGGAAAGUUGCUUUGAGAGUCUGUCUUUACAACUUCGUAUGUGUUACUUUCCUUCCGAAGGGAACUUUAUAAAUCAGUGUGACUAUUUAGCAACAGAACUGUCCUCGCUUUUGGUUCCUACUUUAAGCAAAGUGGCUCUGGAGCCAGAUUGCCUGGGUUCAAAAUCUUGACUUUGUCACUAACUAGUUAUAUGACCUUAGCCAAGUCACUUCACUCCCUGAGUUCCAGUUCCCACACUAGUGAAAUGGAGACAAUUACUAACACAUCUUCCCGGGUGGCUCAGACGGUAAAGUGUCUGCCUACAAUGUGGGAGACCCGGGUUCAAUCCCUUGGUCGGGAAGAUCUCCUGGAGAAGGAAAUGGCAACCCACUCCACUGUUCUUGCCUGGGAAAUCCCAUGGACGGAGGAGCCUGGUGGCCUACCGUCCAUGGGGUCGCAAAGAGUCGGACACGACUGAACGACUUCACUUUUACCAACACAUAAUUAUUGGUUUAAGUGCAAUAAGAUUAUGUGUGAAAAUAAUCACGCGACCUGAUAUGUAGAGAGUAUGCUACAAGUGGGAUGCUUCCCCCAUAGACCCUUCCCAAUGGGACGUGGCAGAACACUCCAAGACGGGGAACAGCCACCUCGGCGGUGGCUCUGCGCUUUCCCAGGCAGAGGGAAGAAGCCGAAGGACCAAACGCACUGCCGUGCUGAGCAGGGGCAGGGGCACAAGCUGUGGCUCCGUGAGUGGGUCCCCAGGGACCCUGGUUCUGCGGGCUACGGUAGGCCCAGCCCUACAGCUUCCUUGGGCAAUUGGCUAAAAACGCUUUCCUAGUAUUAAAAUGGUUUCCACAACA